UUGCACGGAGUUGUCAAUAACGCUGGCAUUCUUGGUACCGCCUUUUUCGACGAUUUCCUUACUCUGGAAGACUAUAAGAAAGUGGCGGAAGUCGACACAUGGGGUGUGAUUCGAGUGACUCACGCUUUGAAACCUUUGGUUAAGAGAACCAGGGGUCGGAUAGUGACUGUAACGAGUGGAUUUUCGCGAAUCGGAAUGCCUGGAGUUGGUCCUUACACAGCGGCCAAGUUUGCAUUAACCGGAUACUGUGAAGUCAUUAGAGCUGAGCUACGAAUGUUCGGAGUUUCAGUACAUAUCAUAGAACCAGGCUUUGUGAAGACUUGGUUGACUAGUUCCGAGAAUGUCGAGAAAAAUAUAAAGCACUACUACUUCUAUCCGGAUUCGGUACAUUGA